UUUACAGGGAAAGACCGAGUCAUAUUUGUUACCAAGGAAGAACAUGAAAUUCCUAGCACUGUGAAACUGGAUGAGGAGGAUGCAAAUGAGGACCAUGAAGAAAAAGGUCUCAUCUUGCCGAGUGGUGAGAUAAAUUGGGACUGUCCGUGUUUAGGGGGGAUGGCAAGUGGAGUGUGUGGCGAGCAGUUUAAGAAUGCAUUUGCAUGCUUCCACUUUAGUCAAGAAGAGGUGAAGGGUUCAGACUGUCUGGAGCAGUUCAGCAGCAUGCAGGAGUGUUUUCGGCAUCAUCCUGAACUCUUCCCUCAGGAAGAUGAUCUUCAAAGUGCCAAUCCUGGACCAAACGCAGAACAAGAAGACUCCCCUUCCAUCUCUGACUUCAGCACAAGCAAAGAGUCUGACACGAAUGAUAUGCCUUCACAGCUGCCCGUAGCUAGUUAAAAUUGGAGAAUGGAAAAUUGGAUUUUGUUUUACUUUAAUCUAUUUAUAUCUGU